UGUGCAAAUAUGAUUGCUCCUACCAACACUCAGUGCUCAGGGGAGCUUGGAAAAUCCAAAACCAGGAUAUAAAGUACUGCAAACAGGUUGAUGAACUUGCUUUUAAUAGAACAGGGAGACUGGGACUUCCACUCUAUGUUACUUAAAGGCCAGAGGAAAAAGGAAAGGUCCAACAAGGGAAGACAGGAGUUCACUCUUAUGAAUGUGGAUAAUAUUAUUCUGCUCUAGAAUAUCCGUGUUGUCAAGAGACGGAAAUGUCAUCCUUACUAAAGGAAGAUAUGGAAAAAAAGCUUUUCAAGCCAAAAGGAUACACUCUUUAUGAGUUUAUAGAGACUAAGUCCAAAUCUAAAGAGAGGUUUUAUCUUUGCACAUCAGUUUCUAAACAGCAGGAAGUUCACAUAUGCCUUGUAAAGCACUACAGAGUGUGUCUGGAUGAAAAGUAUGAGAUAUCAGAGAAGUGGCUACUCAAAGAUUUGGAGUACAUUGAUGGCAAGGAGGCUGAAACUGAUAACUCAAAUUUUGACAUGAUGUUUGAAGAAGUCUGCAAUAUGGACGCUUAUAGUUGUGCCUCAAAAUACGCCUUUGCACGAAGUAUAAUUAAACUCAACACACUCUACACUAAAAAGGACAUCAAAGUGCUUAAUUUUGACUCUUCCUAUAUAGAAGAGGGUGUCAUAUGGUCUUCAAACAAUGGGGAUUGUUUAGUACUCAUGAGAAUAUGCUUUUAUGCAUCUAAUCUUCUCUGCCUUUCUUUGUGUCCCAUGCCCUAAGAGAUAUGGUCCAAAUCUGUGAAGAUGACCUUAAUUAACCCACAACACAGUAACUCCUGUAUGAAUUUCUACUAAAAUAAAAAAUAUGGUUUUAAUGAUAGUGUUAUAGCAUGCAUAGUCAAGGGGUCAAAAGUUAAUUAGGCAAAGUAAUUUUUUACCCAAGCUGUUACUAGAACAAUCAAAGUCUAUCAUCUUAGACAUGGAUAUCAGGACAUCACCAAACAGUUUUCAUAUGGAAAUUAACUGAUUCUGUCAAAACUAGCUAGUUGCACAUGGGAUUGAGCACAGAUUGCUAUUAAAGUUAUAGAACUAUGAAAUAUAAAAAUUGC